AUGCUUGAAACCCAGUUAUAUCAAGUGGCACAACAACAAGCUACUCAAACUACACCAGGAGGACAAUUUCCUGGACAACCUCAACCUAACCCCAAGGGGCAUGCUAAAGCAAUUGCCCUACAAAGUGGAACUACUUACGAUGAACCCGUAAACCCUAGGUUGAAUAAACGAGAACCCCCCAAGAAAAAUGUUGUGACCACACCCAAGAAACAAGUAGAGGAACUAGUAGAACCUGAGAAACAAAAAGAGGAAGAAGUUAAAGAUAAGGAAGGAGAGAAAGAUACUAAAGUUUACGUACCACCCCCUCCUUACAAACCACCAAUCCCAUUUCCGCAAAGACUUAAGCAAACCAAAUUAGGCAACCAAUAUAAAAAGUUUGUAAAAGUGAUUGAGAAACUCAAUGUCGAGAUUCCAUUCACCAAAGCCAUCACCCAAAUACCAUCUUACGCCAAGUUCCUUAAGAACAUCCUAACCAACAAACGAAGACUUGAUGAUCCUAAACCCUUAGAAUGCAAUUCUAUUGCUGAAAAUAAACUCGCUAAAAAGGAGAAAGACCCAGGAAGUUUUUCUAUACCUUGUGUUUUAGGAAAUCAUGUUAUCGAUAAAGCAUUCUUGGACUUAGGAGCCAGCGUGAGCUUAAUGCCUUUAGCCGUUUGUAAUAGGUUAAACCUAGGAGAAAUGCAACCGACUAGAAUGUCCCUUCAAUUAGCCGAUAGAUACGUUAAGUAUCCAAUAGGCAUUUUAGAAGACAUCCUAGUUAGGAUUGGCCAACUCUAUGUUCCUACAGAUUUUGUUGUCAUGGACAUUAAAGAAGACGACGAAAUCCCUAUCCUUCUAGGUAGACCCUUCUUAUCAAUAGAUGGGGCUAUAAUAGAUGUCAAGAGAGGAAAAAUGAAUUUUGAGGUAGGUGAUGAAAAAGUAGAAUUUAUAUUAUCAAAAUUCUUAAAAGCACCAGCCAUAGACGACUCAUGUUAUGUCAUCGACAUCAUCGACGAACGCAUAAGAGAGUUAGACCAAGAAGACCUCGUUGAAACAAUUAAAUUACCUACGACCCCCAUAAUGGAGGACGACGAAUUUAAAGACCCUUAUAUAGAUGAUAGCCUUCACGAAUGCUUAGCACUCACCCCAAACCAUAUGCCAUGUCCUAAGAAACCAACAAUAGAGCUUAAGGAGCUACCUAAGAAUCUAAGAUACGAGUUUUUGGAUGAAGAACUAAAUCGUCCCGUCAUAGUAAGCGCCGCCUUAAAUGGUGAUGAAACAAAUCAACUCUUAGAUGUUUUAAGAAAAUAUCCCACAACUUUAGGAUAUAACAUUUCUGAUCUCAAAGGGAUAAGUCUGUUCGUGUGUAUGCCCCGGAUUAUGCUGGAGGAAGAUUCUAAAUCCUCCAGAGAAUAUCAAAGAAGGAUAAAUACUAUACUGAGUGACGUGGUAAAAAGAGAAGUGUUGAAGCUACUAGAGGAUGGAAUUAUAUACCAAAUAUCCGAUAGUAAAUGGGUAAACCCUGUACAUGUGGUACCUAAAAAGGGAGGUGUCACAGUAGUACAAAACGAAAAAGGAGAACAAGUAGCUAAACACAUAGAAAGCGGUUGGCGUAUGUGUAUUGAUUAUAGAAAACUUAAUAAAGUAACUAGUAAAGACCAUUUCCCACUCUCGUUCAUAGACCAAAUGCUUGAACGCCUAGCAAGACAUUCUUACUUUUCUAUUUAG